UCUCAGUUUGAAACUUUCCUUUACAGGGGUCAUACACAACAACAAGACGCUUUUAUCUAAAGCAACAUACAUCUGAGAGUAGAUACAACACAAGCAUUCACAGCACCAUGUCCUCUCGAUCUAUAACUAUAGUGUCCUUUGGACGGAGCACAGAGCCGGAGUACAGCGGGAGGAGGAUGGACGCUCCCCAGCUCUCCUCGCAGCCCAAACUCCCACUGGAGGAAGACAGGGAGUCUGGCAUCGGCUCCACCCUUGACCUCAGCAGAAACUGUGAAGGCUACAGCCAACAUACCAAUCACAGCUUCAAUAAACCUUCACAAAACCAGGCAGACAGACCCCCCAGAGAGAAAGACAGCUCUCCUCAGACCUCAGCAGUGAGCCCAAGCAAGAUCAAGCCGCUUCUUGUCAGUCUGUCCAAGAUACCUCUCCUCUUCAUCCUCCUCUUCCUCUUUGUUUGCUCCUUGGACACCCUGAGCUCUGCCUUCCAGUUAGCAGGGGGUAAAGUGGCAGGGGACAUUUUCCAGGACAACGCAGUGCUGUCUAACCCCGUGGCAGGCCUCGUGGUGGGCAUCUUGGUUACUGUGCUGGUUCAGAGCUCAUCCACCUCCACCUCCAUUGUAGUCAGUCUGGUGGCCUCCGGACUGUUGGAGGUAAGGUCGGCCGUUCCGGUCAUCAUGGGGACCAAUAUUGGGACUUCAGUCACAAACACCAUAGUGGCCAUGAUGCAAGCAGCAGAGAGAACCGAGUUUCAACGCGCCUUUGCUGGAGCGACAAUCCAUGACUGCUUCAACUGGCUGUCAGUUCUAGUCCUGUUACCUCUGGAGGUGGUGAGUGGGCUCAUGACCCGACUAUCCCACCUGUUGGUCUCCAGCUUCAAGCUCCAACCAGGGGAGGAAGCACCUGAGCUACUGAAAGUCAUCACAGAGCCAGUAACCAAGCUCAUCAUUCAGCUAGACAAGUGUGUGAUCACAGGGAUCGCCAUGGGAGAUGAGGACAUGAGGAACAGGAGCCUGGUGAAGGAAUGGUGCCAGACUGACCUUGUUAUGUUUCCUGGUAAUGUGAGCACUGAAAACUGUGGCCACACUCAUGACUUGCUGUGGUCGUCCCGUGUUAAGUGUACACAUUUAUUUGUGUCUACUGAGCUGUCGGACCUCACGGUGGGCCUUAUUCUCCUGGCAGCAUCCCUGGCUGUCCUCUGCAUAUGUCUGCUGCUUCUGGUCAAAUUGCUCAACUCCCUUCUGAAAGGCCCAGUAGCAAAGGUCAUCCAUAAAGUUGUUAACACAGACCUGCCAUAUCCAUUUGGGUGGCUGGCAGGAUACAUUGCCAUGUUUGUGGGUGCCGGGGUGACAUUUGUGGUCCAGAGUAGCUCUGUUUUUACUUCUGCCAUAACCCCUCUAAUAGGUAUUGGAGUCAUCAGUCUGGAGCGGGCCUAUCCCCUCACCCUCGGGUCCAACAUUGGUACCACUGCCACAGCUCUACUGGCAGCUCUCGCCAGUCCUGGGAACAAACUAGCAACUGCCAUACAGAUUGCUUUGUGUCACCUCUUCUUCAAUGUGUUUGGCAUUCUGCUGUGGUAUCCUCUUCCAUUCAUGCGCUUGCCAAUAAGAAUGGCUGGUGUCCUGGGUGAGCGCACCGCCAAGUACCGCUGGUUUGCAGUCUUGUACCUCCUGAUCUGCUUCUUGCUUCUUCCGUCGUUGGUGCUGGGCCUCUCGCUGGCCGGCUGGCGGGUGAUGGCCGGUGUCGGGGCUCCUUUCUUGGGUGUCACUAUCUUCAUUGCCAUGGUAAAUGUGAUGCAGGCACACAGCCCCCAUCACCUUCCCGCCAAGCUCCAGAACUGGGACUUCCUGCCCAAAUGGAUGCGCUCUCUCAAACCGCUUGACCACUUGAUCACCAAGACGUCAGUCUGCUGCAGCUUCACAUGCAACCAGGAUCCUGGAGAAGAAGAAGAAGAGCAGAUAACGACAGAGACACCUUCUGUCAACACACAGAAAGAGUCUGCUGAGAGGAAGGUACACCUGGCUUAUAACAACCCAGUUCUGGACUACCUGGAUGAGAGCAGACCAGGUGUACCAGUUCUUAAAUUAAAAGGCUUAGAGAGGUGCAACAGCACUCCACUGUAGUUGAACUGAUAACAAGAUCUAUUUCAUAUUCCAUUUUGUCAAUAUUGUCAAAGGAGUAGGAUUUAGAUGAGUAAAUUUGUAAUUCUUUGGAAAUAGACCCAUUUCUAAGUACUGAUUGACUGAUAAUCUCAAAGGAUCUCUCAAAGCUGGGCUGAUUAUGAUGAGCUUAGUACAAAAUUGUAAGUUAAAACACAUCAACUGAGAAUAAGCUCUGCAGACCAAACAGCCUCCUGUGGGCUGUGAUUUGCUGGUUACUCUGACGUUGUGUCUCUUGCAGUCACUGAAACUCACAUUGACACUCCAUUCAGUAGAUGUUCUGGAGGUAUGAAUUGAUCUGACAUAGUACUCAAUAGACACACUAAGUUUGUCAAGUUGUCAUGGAAACAUGAAUGUUCAAAUUUCCAUUUCUAUUGAGACCAUCAAGGUCAUCUCCUCCAUGUUAAAGUGGACAAAAUGGACAAAUUCUAUUUGCUGAUGAAUAUCAUGUUGUAUAAUCAAAAACUCCUACAACCAAAACAGCAACUUGAUACACUUUGAGAUUAUUGUUCUGUCAACUGCUGUUUUAUCGAGUCAAGAAUAAGAUAAUUCUGAAAUCGUAUUAAAGGUACAAUGUGGUCUUUUUGACCACAUGUAGUGCUCGGAAAAAACUUGGUUCCUAUUUGGUUUGUGCAUCUGUAAGCAUUCAGAAAGAUCAUAGACUGUUUAUUAAGAAUGGAUGCUGCAUUUGAUGGUCUAAAAAGUACAACCAAUGCAGAAGAGAAUAAAAAAAAUGCAGCCUUUUUAAUCACAGCAGGGCGCAACUUCUCUAUUUGCUAAAAACAUCUGAUUGCAAAGAAGUCUAUAUGAAAAAACAACCCAACUUCUCACUUGAUUUGUUACACCAGUAGACAUUUUCCCAAAUACUUUAUGGUUUCAAUCAUUAGUUUCAAGCCUCCUACAAUACAGGAUGAUGUUGAUUAAUUAAAUCAUGCUUCCAUUUAGAGUAAAAUAGAAAAUAAAGCAGGGCAUCCUUCAAGGUGUAACCACCUCGGGAUUGGCAAGUCACUAUUAUAGCUACAUGCUCAGUGUCCUGGAGAAGACCAAGGUGGUGAGAUCCAUAUUCCAAACUUGAGGGUUUAAAAUAAUAAUCCACAAACCAACGGGUGAUGUCAUGAUGGUCAUAUCCACCUUUUGCAUAUAGUCUAUGGGUGUGACUCACCUUCAGAGUUACAUUAUUUCAGUUAUGCUCAGUUAGAGGUGAAAAAGCCAGAAAAAGCUUAGCAAUACACCAACAAAUGCAUUGAAGAGAGAAAUGGUCAUUCAGUAAGCAAUGCAUUAAUGCAAAAAAUGCAUGAUUUUUUUAAAAAAACAAACUGCUUUGCAAAUGCUUUGAGGAAAGAAAUGCAUCCAAUGCUUAACCAUCAAGGUUAAACACAGUGUGUUGUGGUGAGAAACACUGAAUGUAAACGCAAGUUUUGUUUUUGAACUAUAAAACUCCACAGGGCAAAUGUAACUUCCCAACAAUAUUGAAUUUCUGCAGAUCCAUUCACAAAACUGUUUUAGUUCAUUACUUGAAAAAUGUGUGUUUUUUCUAUAACAGUCACCACGUUUUUUCAGUUGCAUGUAGGAAGGGUUUAUGUUAGAGGAAGCAUAAAACAAUGAUAAACAUUAAUUCUUAAUCUCCACAUGGGGAAUCCAUUUACUUUAUCCUCUAGUGUUUGUAAAAAAAAAAAAGAAGAAGAAAGGUCAACCAGCAAUGGUGAAUCCACAGUCCAAUAAAACUCUAAGUGGAUAAAUGUUUGAUUGUUAUGUUAAAAUACCAUGUACUCACUGGUUAUAUAAGUGUUAGUGGGCGACUGAAUACACAUAGACACCACAAAGAAUUCAAAGUAUUAUCACAUUAGCUACUUGAUGUUUCUACAGAGAAGUGUAUGAAUGUGUUACAGCCUGUGUGUGCAUUGUAGUGUUUGUGUGCUUGUCCAAGGGGCUGAGUAUGCACACUUGGGAGGUGUUGUUGAAUGUGUGAAUAUGUGCUGCUGCACUGUAACAAUUGAUCAUGUAUUUAAGAAAUGUUGACUCUCUGAAGUCUGUCGUAAUGAGAGAAUAAAGUCAGAGCUACUUUCGAGGUGACAGACAAAGCAAUGGCACACUUGAGAGCAAUUUGCAACACGAUGAAAGUACCCAUAAAAAAAAUAUCUGUACUGAUUAUUGUGCUGGUAAACUUCCACCUUGAUGUUCAGAGCUGUCAAAAGGAGGCGUCAUUCAUUCUUGUGUGUCCUACAUGAAAGCGCUUUUCAGUGGGAAGAGAUACCCUCUUUGUAAGAUCGUUCAAAGACCUUGCUAAUCUGCAAACUUACGCUGCAAACACUUUUUGUUUCAACAAAAGCAGCUUCAUCUCAUCAUGUUUCUCUGAUCCUUUCAUGGUCUUUAAAGUUUUGGUGUAUUAAAUAAAAUACAGAACUCUCCACCAUCACUCAUAACA